AUGAAUAUGAUGGAAAACAAGUCAUUAAACAUGUCAAUAGCAACACUUGCUAUUGUCUUUUUUAUUAUGAUUAUAGUACCAAAAAAUGUGAGUGCUCAAAAUUGUGGGUGUGCUGAAGGAUUGUGUUGCAGCCAAUAUGGUUAUUGUGGAGACACUGAUGCAUAUUGUGGCACAGGGUGCCAAGAGGGUCCUUGUAAAGGAGGAAAUAUUCCACCUAGUACUCCUACUACUAGCAAUGAUGUUAAUGUUGCCGACAUUGUCACACCAGAGUUUUUCAAUAGUAUAAUUGAUCAAGCUGAUUCUAGUUGUGCAGGAAAGAGCUUCUACUCAAGAGCUGCUUUUCUUGACGCACUCAAUUCUUACAAUCAGUUUGGUAGGGCUGGUUCUUCCGAUGACUCCAAACGUGAGGUUGCAGCUGCUUUUGCACAUUUCACACACGAAACUGGACAUUUUUGCUAUAUAGAAGAGAUUGAUGGUGCAUCAAAGGACUACUGUGAUGAAAACAACACAGAGUACCCGUGUGUCCCUAACAAAGGAUACUACGGUCGCGGACCGAUUCAAUUGUCUUGGAACUACAACUACGGACCAGCCGGAAAGGACAACGGUUUUGAUGGAUUGAACUCUCCUGAAACAGUGGCUAAUGAUCCUACAGUGUCCUUCAAGACAGCAUUAUGGUAUUGGAUGAAAAAUGUUCACCGUGUUGUUAACCAGGGCUUUGGUGCAACCAUUAGAGCCAUUAAUGGACGACUUGAAUGUGAUGGUGCAAACCCCAACACGGUUAAGGCUCGUGUUGAUUACUACACUCAAUAUUGUAGUAAAUUGGGUGUUGCUCCUGGUGAUAAUCUUACUUGCUAA